AUGGCAACCGAAAUUCCAAGCAAGGAACUUAAAUCCCCUGUCGACAUUGCCCACUACCUGUUCACGCGGCUCUAUCAGGUCGGAAUUCGAGCUGUCCAUGGCGUUCCGGGAUACGCUGCGGAUGGCUACGCACGCGUGAAUGGAAUGGGAGCACUCGUCACGACCUUCGGGGUCGGAGAGCUCUCCGCGCUGAAUGCCGUCGCAGGGUCUUAUUCCGAGUUCGUCCCCGUUGUGCACAUCGUGGGCCAACCCAGUACAGCUUCGCAGCGUGACGGCAUGUUGCUUCAUCACACAUUGGGCAACGGGGAUUUCAAUGUCUUCGCUAACAUGAGCGCCAACAUUUCAUGCUACGUCGCCAAGUUGAAUGACCCACAUGAAGCUGCUGCCCUGAUCGACAGCGCCAUAAGGGAGUGUUGGAUUCGAAGUCGGCCAGUAUAUAUCACUUUGCCCACUGACAUGACGAAGAAGAAAGUGGAAGGAGAGCGUCUGAAGACGCCGAUUGACCUGAAACGCCCAGAAAACGAGGUGGAAAAGGAGGAAUACGUUGUGGAGAUUGUUUUGAAAUAUCUUCAUGCGGCGAAAUCGCCAGUCAUUCUGGUAGACGCUUGCGCCAUCCGGCACCGUGUCCUUGACGAAGUACAAGACCUCGUCAUAAAAUCCGGUCUGCCGACUUUCGUCACACCAAUGGGAAAGAGUGCCAUUGAUGAAACACUUCCGAACUACGGCGGUGUCUAUGCCGGCAAUGGUUCAAACCCAGGGGUCAAAGAACGCGUUGAGUCGUCCGAUCUGAUCCUUAACAUUGGCGCCAUCAAGUCAGACUUCAACACGGCUGGAUUUACGUAUCGUAUCGGUCGUAUGAACUCAAUUGAUUUCCAUAGCAACUUCGUUGCCGUUCGCUACUCCGAAUACCCAAAUGUCCACAUGAAGGGCGUUCUUCGCAAAGUGGUCGACCGUAUGGGGCAGUUAAAUGUAACUCCAGGUCCCCGCGUCAUAAACCAGCCACCAAAACAGGAACCUAGUGAAACAUCCGCUAUAUCCCAUGCCUGGUUCUGGCCUACAGUUGGGCAAUGGCUCAGAGAGAAAGACAUCAUCAUAACUGAAACAGGCACUGCCAACUUCGGCAUCUGGGAGACAAGGUUCCCCAAAGGAGUCACUGCCCUGAGCCAGGUUCUGUGGGGCAGUAUUGGCUAUGCCCUCGGUGCCUGUCAAGGUGCUGCGCUUGCGGCGAAGCGGGGGAACCAAGACCGACGAACCGUACUCUUUAUCGGGGAUGGCAGCUUUCAGCUAACGGCACAGGAAUUGAGCACCAUGAUCCGGCAUAACCUAACGCCUAUCAUCUUCGUAAUUUGCAACGACGGCUACACCAUCGAACGAUGCAUUCACGGUUGGGAUGCGUCCUACAACGACAUCCAGCCCUGGAAAUUCGGCGAUCUCGUUCCAGCAUUCGGGGCCAAAUCGAGCACUUUUAAAACGCAUACCGUCAAGACAAAAAAGGAAUUAGUAGACCUAUUUGCGGAUGAGAGCUUUUCCUCUGCUAAGUCUUUACAGCUUGUCGAGCUACAUAUCCCCAAGACGGACACACCAGCAGCACUAAGGUUGACCGCCGAAGCGGCAUCAAAGACCAACGCCGAGCACGAGUAA